AUGUCUACUGAAGAGGUUGAUGAUGUCUGGGAUGAUUUUAUAAAUUUACCUGCAGAUCCUCCUGAAAUGCGUCAAAUAUGUUUUUCAUGCGAGCGACCUCAAAAUGUAUGUUGGUGUAAUUAUUUACCUAAAACAAGGCUAAAGCCCAAAUGUCGAAUUAUUCUACUGCAACACCCAGCAGAAGAAAAAAGAAGUCUUCGUACUGCUCCUAUGUUGACAUUGGGAUUGGCAGAAGAAAGUUGUGUUGUUUAUAAAGGAAAAAAAUUCCCUACAAAAAAACAUGUUGGCCUAUGGGAUAUAUUAUCAUCUAAACAGUCAGUUUUAUUGUAUCCUUCUAAAAAAGCAAUGGAUAUAGUUGAUCUACCAAAAGAAACAGAACUUCAUAAUUUGAUUAUACUUGAUGGUACUUGGCCACAAGCAAAAGCUAUUUACAAUAAUACACCACUGCUUCAAUCAAUGAUACAUGUAAAAUUGAUGCACAAAUAUGAAAGUCAUUAUAUUAUCAGGACCCAACCAACGGAUGGAUGUCUUUCUACAUUAGAAACUGCGAUUGAAGCAUUAACAGUAUUAGAAAAAGAUGAAUCAUACAAAAAUAUAUUGCUGAAACCCUUAAAUGCUCUAUGUAAUUUUCAACUACAGCAUGGUGCUGUAACACAUCAAAGCAAAGAAUUUAAAAAACGAAAUCGAACUUAUCCUAAACUAAUUGGAAGACGACUUCGACAAUAUCUAGAUGAUGGUGAUGAUUAUUAA